AUGUUGGAGUCUCUAGACAGAGACCAACAACAUGCUGCUAUCGCCAAGUUCAUUCACAAUGAACUUGCUCUCGAGAGGGAGAAAGUAGCCUUGCUUCACCAGCAAGGCUCUCAACAGGCCGAGCAGUUGAGAGAACUCGGUGCUCAACAGACGGAGCUGUUGAGACAGCAGCAAUUCCAUGCUGCUGUGGGCGGGACGGCGCAUGCGCGUCGUCCCGAAGUGAUGAAAGUCGACAUCUCCAAGUACAGUGGAGUCCCGGAGGACUCCCUGUUACUAUGGUUUGUCGAACUCGACAGAGCCCUAAGGGCUCGUCGCGUCGAAGAUGAGCAAAUGAAACUCACAUUUGCUCAGACCCACUUGGCAGGGCGUGCCAAAACUUGGUCCCUGGGACUCGAGAGUAGCGACCCAAACGUGUUUAGGUCGCUAGAUGACUUCAAGUCCCGGCUCAGACAAACGUUUGAGCCGCCACGUGCUGAGUUCAGGGCUCGUUCAGAGCUCCUGAAACUCAAGCAGGAUGGCCAUCUGAUGAACAUCUUGGAGCGUCCACAAGCGUGUGGAUGUUCUGCGAGUGAGUGCGAUGGCCUCACUUGCGGUACGGUCGUUAGCACGACUGCACAAGAUCACAGUGUAGUUGAUCACUACACUGUGGAGCAAGCUCCCGGCGGCUGUACAGAAGUACAGGCUGCGCCGAAGGUCCACCACUCGAAUAAGUCGAGUGGACCGGGACAUGGAUGCAUGCCUAGCGGGCAGCAUCUUAGAAGAAAGAAAUCUGUUGCCCCCAAGGGGCAACAUGAAAAUCCUAGGUCGACUGGAGAGUCGACCGUAGAGGAUCGGUUCCUGACUGUGGUUGCACAGCCACAGUCGGAAGACGUCGAGGGAAUAAGUCCCCACGUACUUGAGGAAGGAAUUCCUCAAGAGUUGCUUGCUGAGGGAUCAGGCCCUCAGCAACCUGUGGAAGCAAGUUCCCAGGAAGAAACCGAGACGUUGAACGUCUUGGUUAAUGACGGAUCAAGCGUAGGCGCUUAUACGCUUGAUCUGAUUGUGCCUCCGAAGUUGACUUCGGAGAUAACUCAGUUGCCAACGCUAGAACCGAAACGGUUCUUGCGUGAUCUGCGUAGUGGCAAAGUCAAGCAGAUCUGCAUACUCGUCACAGAGGACGAGUAUGUGACCGACAUUCGGUCGGCAACAGUAUUUGCUGAGAACGAACGGGUUCUCAGCAGCUCAUCGAUGGACGAAAGUGUCCUCGAUGAGAAGACUCGGAUUGAGCGAUACGCGUCCCAAUCCUGGGAGUCACUUCAGGCAAAUCCUUUGUAUAAGGAUUUGAUCGAAUUCAGGGAUGUGUUCCCUGAAUCCGUACCUUGCGAGUUGCCUAAGGACAAAGGCACUCGACACGAGAUCGAGCUCAAACCGGGCUCGAAAUACUGUGUCAUGAAGCAGUGGCCACUGCCUCGUGAACAAGUGAUAGCGAUCGACAAGUUCUUUGCCGAUCGCUUAGCAGCGGGCCAUGUGAGGGAAUCAACAUCCCCUCACAGCUCUCCGACCUUCUGUGUGCGAAAGGCCACAGGAGGGUGGCGGAUAGUGCACGCAUUCAACAAGUUGAAUGCUGCAACGGUACCGGCUCAGACGCCGAUACCGAGGAAGGACGUAAUCAUAGAUGGUAUGUCAAAGAGUACCAUCUUUUCGUCCAUGGAUCUGAUGGAUGGAUUCUAUCAGAUCCUGAUGCGUGAACGGGACGUCCCGUUCACGGCAGUGAGUACCCCCAGCGGGAUGCUGUGGGAGUGGCUAGUGAUGCCACAGGGGCUGAGUAAUGCCCCUGCAACAUUCAACAGAUGUGUAACAAAUCUGUUGAGACCGGUGCGAGACUUCGCACCGAGUUACUUCGACGAUGUGUUCGUCCAUAGCCGGGCUAUGGACGGAAAGACGGACGUUGAAGUUCACAGAACUCACGUUCGUCAGGUUCUUCAACUUAUGCGCAAGCAUAAGUUGUACGCCAACCUCAAGAAGUGUAUAUUCGCGGCUAGCGAAAUACCACUUCUUGGGUGCAUCGUGGGGAAACACGGCGUACGCCCUGAUCCCGAAAAGAUCAAGGCGAUCACCGACUGGCCAGUGCCAGUCGAUGUCAAGGGACUAAGGAAGUUCCUUGGUCUUGCGGCGUACUUGCACAAGUACUCGCGCAACUACGCCGAGAUGACUGUUCAUCUUUCUUGCUUGCUCAAGAAAAAUGUCAAGUGGUCAUGGAACGCUGAGUGCCAGCGUUCCUUUGAAGGUAUCAAGCAAAGCUUGAUGCAAUCGCCGAUCUUGGCGAUUGCAGAUCAGGACAGACCAUUUCAUGUGGUCUGUGACGCCAGCGAUUUCGCAAUCGGCUGUGCGUUAAUGCAGUUCGAUGCAGAUGGCGCGGAGCGCGUCAUCUGUUAUCAGUCGCGUCAGCUGCAAGCAGCUGAGCGUAAUUACCCAGUGCAUGACAAGGAACUCCUUGCCAUGAAAUACGCACUGGCUAAGUUUCGCGUCUAUCUCUUGGGAGAUAGACCGUUUGUUGUCUACACGGACCAUGCGUCAUUACGCACGGCCGUAAACAGCCCACACCUCUCGCAAAGAAUGGCGAGGUGGCUGUCUUUCUUCGCGGAGUAUAACUUCUCCGUGGAGUAUAAACCGGGACGACUCAAUGUCGUCGCGGAUGCUCUUUCGCGCCGGCCCGAUUUCGAGCCGGACGCACAAUCCAACAGUGAGGAUAAGCCCACUGUUGCGACACUGUCAGUCAGUGUCCCGUCGUCAAGUUUACUUGACGACGUACGAAAGGCAUACGCGGAAGAUAAGGAUCUUCUGCGAUUGAUGGAUCAUCUGGUGAAUCCAUCCAGUAAAUCCAUGAGGGAUUUACCGGCUUUGUACCGAUCCUCAUCGGAUCGGUAUAGUACACGCAACGGAUUGCUGUACUAUACAGCUGUUGCCGACGACACGCCUCGUGUCGUCGUACCCGCUCAUCAUGAUUUGCGAUUGCGCAUCAUGUAUGAGUGUCACGAUGCCCCAACAAGCGGCCAUCGUGGUAGAGAAAAGACUUACCUCACGGUAAGUCGCGACUUUUACUGGCCCCGCCAGUAUCAGUUUGUUCGCAAGUACAUCCGUGCUUGCGAAGUUUGUCAACGGGUGAAGCCUAGUCCUUCAUCCCGUGCGCCAUUGCAGCCUCUGCCUGUUCCGACAGAGUGCUGGCAGUCCGUUUCAAUGGACUUCGUCUUCGGGUUUCCCGAAGACGCUCACAAGAAUAAUGGUAUUCUUGUGUUUGUAGACCGAUUCAGCAAGAUGGUCCAUCUUGCUGCUGUCCCUGAGUCAAUCAAGGCUCAAGGUUGUGCUCGUGUCUUUCUAGACACGGUCUUUAGACUCCACGGGUUACCCCGUGAACUCGUAUCCGACCGUGACCCUCGGUUCACGGCGGAAUUUUGGCAAACCGUGUUCCGUACUCUCGGAACACGAUUGAAGAUGUCCACUUCUGACCAUCCAGAAACAGAUGGUCAGACGGAACGUGCGAACCGUGUCCUCGAAGAGAUUCUUCGAGGAUAUGUCCACUCGUUUCCGAGUUGGAGCGAAUUCCUACCCAUGGUGGAAUUCGCCAUCAAUAAUUCGGUGCAUGCUUCAACACAGCACACACCGUUUUACGUGAAUGGCCUACGCCAUCCACGAGUGCCCACCCUUCUAGAGUGUGACUCUUGGAUAAGGGGGGAGGGACUCGCUCGAGCAAAAACCGUUUUGGCUCUUGCUCAUCACGUGUCGACGCAAACGUCGUCACGUAUGAUGCCGAUGUCGAUCAAGUCGACAUCGAUGAAGAAGAUCAUCUCAAUAAUAGCGAAGACGCUAUUAUUGAUUCGGAUGAUGAUGACGAUGCUGGUAUAUUCAGCAUCGCCAACGAUUAUGUCAGCGAGGAAGAAGACAACCUCGCUGAAGAAGAGAGCAAUCUCUUAG